AUGAAGUUGUCAUCGACCGUCCUGUUUGCAGCUUUGGCUGUCGCCAGUCCCAUCGGAGAGCUCGAGGCACGCAAGUCUUAUGGCACUUCAUCCAGCGAGUAUCUGCAGGGAUCGUGCAAGGAUGUGAUUCUGUUCUUCGCAAGAGGUACAAAUCAGCCAGGAAACUUGGGUGACAUGCCUGGCCAGCAGCUCGCCACCCAACUUAGCACUGCUCUCGGAACGGCCUCAUUGGCAGUCCAGGGUAUCAACUAUGCCGCCAGUUUGUCAGGCAACACCGCGUCAGGAGGCUGUCCGGCAAAGGACGCCACCGCAAUGACACAACUCUUGACCAAUGCCACUCAAGCAUGCCCGAACUCUCAGCUUGUUGUCGCCGGCUAUAGUCAAGGCGCUGCAAUGGUCCAUAGGUCUAUUGAGAAAGCCAGCACGGCCGUCGUCAGCAAGAUUGCGGCAGCAGUCACCUUCGGCGAUACUCAAAAGGCCCAGGAUGGCGGCAAGAUUCCAAACAUCGCCGUUUCUAAAACGAAGAUCUACUGCAACGAGGGUGACAAGGUUUGCUUGGGGACGCUUGAUAUUACUUCCGCACACCUGAACUACAGACCCAGUGUUCCGCCAGCUGUGGAGUUCAUUCAAGGCUUACUCAAGUAG